CAACUGGAGCGGAAUCUCCCCGCAAAUCAGGCUGGAGACGCGUCACAUCCAUCCAUCCAUCCAUCCGCGGGACGCAGCUCCAGUCACACAGACACGUGGAUUUACGAGAUCAAAACACGAAGACUGCGGCUUUUGUUGUUGCUUUUCUGCGUUUUAACUCACUUUUUUUGUGAGUGAAAGUCUUGAGGAUGCGAUGGGAUGCGAAGUCAGUAAAAACAGGAAGAUAGAGGAUCCACCAGCUCGACGUCGCUUCAGUCAUGGCUUCCUAUCAAACGUCCGGGUCUCCAUCGCUCGCAGACUCGGACACUCUGCUGUAUUUUCUCAGCCUGUGGGAGUGAACCGAGAGCCGCUUCCUCCAAGUGACGGGGAAGGAAUGCUUGAGAAAGAGAAACCUCCUCCAGCCCUCAUUUCGCUCUUCCUGCCAGAGUUUCCACAACUUAACAUUCCAUCAGAGGACUGUUUUCAGGUUCUCGAUGUCAUCGCUAAAGGCUCGCUUGGACCCGUCCUGAAAGUCAGGGAUGUUCACCAGGAGAAGGUUUGGGCUGCUAAGGUUCUACCAAAGUCAGAGAUCUUAAAACAGGGAGUGCUGGAGCAAACGAAAGACGAAGUUAGAAUUCAGAGGCAGCUCAGACAUCCGUUUAUGCACAGUGUGCAGGACUGCUGGCAGACACAGCACCACCUCUUCAUCAUGUUCGAAUACUGCAGCGCUGGAGACUUGUACACGUACUGGUUACUGAAGGGCCAGUUUGACCAGGACCAGGUUCGACUCCUUGCUGCAGAGCUGGGCAGUGCCUUGGGUUUCCUACAUGAUCUGGGAAUCGUCCAUAGAGACGUAAAGAUGGAAAACAUUUUGUUGAGUGAUCAAGGUCACCUCCGUCUGUCUGAUUUUGGCCUGUCGCGCCAACUGAAUCGAAGUGGACGAGCGUUCACCGUAUGCGGAACCAUUCAGUAUAUGGCGCCUGAGGUUUUGAGUGGGGGUCCGUACAGCCACGCUGCAGACUGGUGGUCUCUUGGGGUUUUGUUAUUCUCGCUGGUUACAGGAGAGUUUCCACUCGCAGCGGAGUCGAACCACAUCAAUAUGUUGAAGAAGGUCAGAGACUGCUCUUAUGUUCCACCAAAGACCCUCAGCUCUGACCUCAUCCUACUGCUCAGUGAGCUUUUGUGCAAGAGUCCAGCGAGCCGCCUCCGUGACCUGCAGCGCUUCAAGACGCAGGCCUUCUUCAGGGGCGCCUCGUUCGACUCGUACAUCCUCCAGAAAACACCGGUAAAAUUCCUCCUGGAGCUCAGAAGCCAUCCUGACUGGGCAGCCGUGUCGAGGAGAGGCUCUGUGGCGGACUGGUUUGAGAACUUUGACUUUAAUAACACCUUGAGCGCUCCUUUAACUCUCACUGAACUGUCUCCUGCUUCGCCGGGCGAGGACGUGGCGUUGACUGCAGAGCAGGACUAGAAACCAUGACGACACAAUUCACUACGCGUAUGACGAACAUCCUCAUUUUUUAACAUGUUUUGCCUGUCAGUCUUUUUUCUUUAAAACUACAUAUUUACAGAUAUGUUGCAAAUUUUUUGCAUUUUGUACCUUUGUGUUUCUGGAUGCGUUUGUAUUAAACUUUAUAUGCUUGAA